CUAUCAACUUCUUGUCCUGUUGAUCAGAUUUGAAGAAGAGAGAAAAUGUUCCUGCCCCAGAGAUCUCUGCAGAUGGUUACAUUUUUGGCAAUUAUUUUUUUUGCCUGUUUUGCGACAUCUCAAGACACUGAAAAUAAAAGAGCAGUGACGGAGCAUCAGCUCAUGCAUGACAAAGGGAGAGCAUUUCAAGGGCUGAAGCGCCUGAUGUGGCUCCACAAUGCUCUAGGUAGUGUGCACACAGCCAGCAGCAGGGAUAUUUCACUUUCAGAUGCCAUGUGGGAUUCACAGAAGAGCCAAGAUACUUCAGAUCUCUACGACAGCAUCGGCAGAGAUGAGGCUUCAAGCCUGAUGAAACAACUGCUUGAACUGAUAGCAAAUGAGCAAGGCUUCCCCCUGUUGAAGAAGCUGGAUUUGCUGCAGUAUCUGAAGACCCCAAAGGGGGGGCAAACUUUUGCCAGGCCACAGAGGCAGCUGAUCCCACCAUUCCCAGCCUAAGCACUAGACAUUCACCUUCUUCUGCUGGUGAAAGAGAUGAGAAUCAGCUUCCAGAUUCCGUAUUUGAGCCUUUAAUUUGAAGACUUUCUACCUUUUCCCUGUCGUUGUGAAAACCCCUCUAAGAGCUCCCACAGCGUAUUACAUUUUCUGGGCAGAAAAACAACUUUUUGAUGUGACCUGCAUUACCUGACGGAGAAACAGAUAGCACAUGAUUCUAUUUUGCUAUUCACCUUUAAUGUCAAAGUGACCAGCUCUGCCUAAGCAAAGCAAGGUCCAGUUUAACCGCAAAAUCAGUCUUUCAGAAAUGAAAUCUGUCAAUUGCGUUACAAAUAUAUCUGCAUUUCCAUUACACAGGGACUAUACACACCAUCUUAAAUCU